AUGAUUAUCGACUUCUCGAGUCGCAGUCCCGAGACUCACCGGUAUUCUCUCGUGCGACCCAAGUUACUACGGAAAAGGGCGGGAGGCGACGAACUGGUAUGCGAGAGGUAUCAACGCUGGAGGUAUCAACACUGGUUGCCCUUCGGUAACAUCAAGCACCUCAAAGAGAUCGAGAUGUAUCACUUCUAUUUAGCACAGCCGGACAACUUAUGCCAUUCGAAUCGGGAUCCAUUAUACAUUAAUCCCUUCUACUUUCCAUUUUACCGCCUCUCGCCCUGCACCUUUCCCACGGCUUUACUCGCAUCAAAGACCAAGUUUCUCCACGUGGCGCUCACGGUCCCAGAUGUAAUCAGAUAUCUUGAGGACGGCCAUUGCAGCUCUUGCUAUGGAAAGCACGUGGUAGGGUCCGAGAUUGUACCGGGGACUUCGCGCCGCUGGGCCAGGUUUUCGCAGUUGCUUGGUGUGUCAAUCACAGUGUUCCCGCCGGGACUUUUUAUUUGCCCGCUCUGUGUUGGGUUGGAGCACGCGUGGGAAAGUAUUGAUGCAUGGAAAUCUCACAAUUUGACCGGAAAGAAGUAUAAUGUGGCCCGAAAGGAGUAUAACUCGUGGCUGCUUGACCGACUGGAAAGCUUGGGUUACGAAAGGCCAGGUCUGGAAGAUCUCCCAGAUUCGAUCGAAUAG